CAACCGUCAAUCUCAGACCCUUGCCUGACGGAGCGCCAUAUAUCACCACAAAUUCCCUUCCUUCAAUCCUCGAGCCUCGCAGGCGCACCUACCACUGACUUUUUCCCCGAGCCGUUGGCACUUGUAGCUUUUCCCGCAUUCCACAGCUCCUCGGAAUCAAUUGCAAUGGCUCCUGUCCAAGUCGCUGUUCUGGACGAUUACCAGGAGAUCUCCACUGAACACUUCGCUGCCCUAGACUCGGCCAAUUUCGAGGUCACGGUCUUCUCCGACACUCUAUUGCCUUACAAUCACCCGGAUGCCACCCAACAUGACAAACUCGCCCUGAUCAAGAGGCUGGAGCCCUUCCAGGUCAUUUGCACUAUGCGGGAACGGACCCCCUUCCCACGAGACCUCGUCACAAACCUGCCGAACCUCAAGCUGCUCCUGACCACGGGGGGCCGCAACGCCUCGCUCGAGGUCUCGGCCAUGAACGAGCGCGGUAUCCCCGUGGCGGGCACGACCGGCGAGCCCCUAGACCCGGACAGCACGACGCAGCACUGCGUAGCCCUGAUCCUCGGCAUCGCGCGGAACAUUGCGCAGGAGAACGCCGCGAUGAAGGCCGGGUUGUGGCAGACGACUGUCGCCACGAACCUCACAGGCAGGACUUUCGGCUCCGUCGGGUUUGGCCGCCUGGGCUUCGCCGUGUCCAAGAUCAUGAAAAUCGCAUUCGGGAUGAAGAUUAUUGCGUGGAGCACGAAUCUCACGCAGGAGGCAGUGGACGAGAAGGCGCGCAAGGCCGGGCUCCCCACCGAGGACGAGAACGGGGAGAAGACGUUCAAGGUGGUGAGCCGGGACGAGCUGUUCAGCACCGCCGACGUGGUCAACAUCCAGCUCGUCCUCUCGGACCGGUCAAGAGGGCUCAUUAACGCCUCGGACCUGAGCAAGAUGAAGAAGACGGCGCUGUUUGUCAAUGCGGCACGCGGGCCCCUCGUCGUGCAGGACGACCUGCUGCACGCCGCCAAGAAGGGCCUCAUCAGCGGUAUUGCGCUGGACGUGUACGAUACUGAGCCGCUGCCGAUCAACAGCGAGUGGCGCACGACGAGGUGGGGGAUUGACGGCAAGAGCCGAGUCCUGCUGACGCCGCAUAUGGGCUAUGUCCAGGACGCGACGAUGCAUGGGUGGUAUAAGCAGCAGGUGGAAAACAUCCAAAGAUGGGAGAAGGGGGAGGAGUUGGCGGUGCUGUACAAGGAUAGUGGCUAUUAAGCGGGCGUGCACAUCGGGGUCUGCCAGCUGGGCUGCUUUGAGGGAGCUUAGCGUAUUAGGGCCUGCUCUAGGAUGUGAUUGUUGUAAAAGUUUGUGAACCAGCAAGUGACAUUUAGUGAAAAGUGCAUUGUGCUACGACAGAGUAAGUCCCGCGA